AAACCCCAACGUUCAGCAGAGGCGCCGAAUCCCUAACUCCCCGUCCAGUCCCUCGGCACCCGAAUUCCGGCGGCGAUGGCGGCGGCUGCGGCAAGGUCCGGUUUCCGGCGCAGGUUCUCCAUCUCGGCCUUCGCGCCGCCGAAGCCGCCCGCCCCGCGACCCCAGGCCGACCCCUCCCCCAACCUCUUCGUCUCCGCUUGCAGCUCUACUGGCAUGUAUAUUGAUGAUAAGUACUAUGGCCGAUUCAUGCGGUCAUCAUUUAUAUCGAGCAGGAGUUUUCAUGCUACAGGUCACUGUUGUUCGAUUGAAAAAGACUAUUACAAAAUUCUUGGUGUUCCUAAGGAUGCAUCGCAGGAUGACAUCAAGAAGGCUUUUCAUUUUCUUGCAAAGAAGUACCAUCCGGACACAAAUAAAGGCAAUACUGUUACAAAAAGGAUGUUUCAGGAAAUAAGAGAUGCAUACGAGACAUUACGGGAUCCUUCAAAGAGAGAGCAAUAUGACAUGCUAUUUUCUAGAGGGCCAAGGGGGAGGUUUGAUGGGUCUUAUCAUGACACAUUCUCAGGGUCCAACAAUCGGAACCAUGACCCUUUCACAGAAUUCCACAGACAUAAUGAUGGCCAUUUCUCUAGUAAAUUCUAUAAAAUAUUUUCUGAGGUUUUCCAACAAGAGACAAAUAUGCGUGCAAAUGAUAUUGAGGUAGAGUUGAGUCUAUCUUUCAGUGAAGCUGCCAACGGGUGCAUAAAGAAAGUGUCUUUUAGUGCAAAAAAUGUUUGUGAUUCAUGUGGUGGGAGAGGUCACUUGGCAAACGCAAGGAAAUAUGUUUGUCCCUCAUGUAAUGGUUUAGGAAGAAUCACUACAUAUCCAUUCACAACCACCUGUGGCUUUUGCAGAGGUGCUGGGAAAGUAAUUAGGGAUAACUGCUUGACAUGCGAAGGUUCAGGGGUGGUAGAUGGUGUGAAAAAUGUUGAAGUGAAGCUCCCAGCAGGAAUUGAUUCUGGUGAUACAAUUCAUGUAAGGGAGGCUGGAGAUAGUGGUGGACUUGGCACCCACCAUGGAAGUCUAUACAUCAAAAUUCAAGUAGCAAAUGAUCCAGUGUUUAGGCGAGAUGGUGCUGACGUCCAUGUUGAUAAAAAGAUAAGCUUCACACAGGAACCUUUAUAUGAUCCAAUAUCAGUUGAAAGCAAUGCUAUUUCCCAAACAAUAAAUGAUGCAAUGCUUGGUGGCAAGGUUGAAGUACCUACUUUAAAUGGAAAAACAGAAGUGAAGAUACCAAAAGGAGUCCAACCAGGUCAUGUUGUAGUUUUAAGGGGAAAAGGAUUGCCAAAUCUUUCGGGAUACUUUGGGGAUCAAUAUGUUCGAUUUCAAAUUCAUUUCCCCUCGGUGGUCACUGAACGUCAACGUGCUCUGCUGGAAGAAUUUAUAUUAGAGGAAGCUACAAAAGAACAGAAUACUUCUAUAGUAGGAAACUGGCUUUAUCAGCAGCUCUCUACUGGUUAAUACUUACAGGUGGGAGCUAGUCACAGAAAAUAUGACGGGGAAAAAUGUCAUGAUCGGAGCUGGCAUCCUCCUACUGAUUCACCUGAUUCUGAGCAGGUGACCUAAGGCUUGGAAGCUGCAAUUUUGCUGGGGCAGUGGAGCAACAUCAUAAAUUCUUAGAAGAUUUGGCUUCUUCACACAGUAGAACAUAGGGUCACGAUUCCUUAAAAUUCUUUGCACCCAUGAUGGGGGGGGGGGGGUCCCAGGGGAAGAAUAAUCAUAAUAAGAUAUUUUAGCAUCACAUAGCUCGGACCAUCUGAGAUUGUCAUUCGAGCAUCCUAAAUUUGGUUGUGGUUUCUCUUCAGUGGUGUAAUAUAGAUGCUUGACCACAGCAAUAGUUUAAUGGUUUCAACCAUGUUAGGGUGAAACUGGCUGUAACUUCUUUUGCGAAUUAACGCAUCCCUUUCCCUGGAUCAUGUUAUUCUGUACAUAUCUCCCCUCUCAGCCCGCCAGGCUGAUGUGGGUAAGGCACAUUCCCUUUCCCUGGAUCA